AUGGUCAAUAAGGAUCACCUUCGUAAAGGUGAGAAGAUACAAGUUACUUCGAGUCUGAUGGCAGGCUCACUCUCAGGACUAGUGGCUAGAACCUUUACAGCACCUAUGGAUACUAUAAAGAUAAGAUUACAAGUGAUGCCAGGAAUGGGAUUUACAACAAUGGUCAAAGAUGUGCUCAAGAAGGAGGGUCUUAGAGGAUUUUGGAAGGGUAACGUACCUGGAUCUGCGAUGUAUGUGAUAUAUGGAGGAGUUCAGUUCAGCUCUUAUUCAUUUUAUAACAGUGCGUUGAAUGAAUUUGGAUGGGGGCCACAACUUCAAGGACUAAUUGUCGGGGCACUAGCAGGUAUGACAAGCAGCAUGGUAUCUUACCCUUUCGACGUAUUGAGAACUAGAUUCGCAGCAGACCGACGAGUAAUGUUUUCCAAAUUAACACAUAGCAUAUACGAGAUCUGGUCUCAAAGAGGUAUACAGGGCUUUUUCAAAGGCUGCCUCUCAUCAAUGCUAACCAUUUCUUUAAACACUUCUAUCAUGUUUGGAACCUAUGAAACCAUUAGAGUUUAUUGUGAUAACACUAGAGAACAGUUUGGCGAAAGACAAUGGCACCAUACAUUGGAUCAUAGUGCAAGCUCAAUGGGGGCCAUAUUGGCGAAACUAGCUACUUUCCCACUCGAUACAGCCCGUAGAAGGCUAAUGAUUAGCGAUUCAAGGAGUGUAAAUCGAUUUACACCGAAAAUAGAGAUCUACGAGAGGUAUAAAGGACGAGGAAUCAUUCGCGUUGGUUGGCAAAUUUUAACUUAUGAAGGUGUAUUUGCACUUUAUCGGGGAUUACCACUGGCAUUGUUAAAAAGUAUACCCACAACAGCGGUAAGCAUAUGGUCAUAUGAGGCCUGUCUAAGACUGUUGGUCAACUAA